GCAUUUUGAAAUGAACAGUGUAAACCAUGAAAUUCAUCAGUGUAACUGUUGGAGAUCAGACACGCUAGUACACGGGAUUGCAUGUUUUCAUCAUGGUGUGUAUGUUAGAUGUCAUGGCUCUUCCUCUGAUAUUUCUGCUCAUGAUUCCAGGGGUUUAUAGUGAUGAUUGGAGUGUGAGUUACAGGUCUACAAACAUUUGUGCACUAAAGGGGUCAUCAGUGAUAAUGUCCUGCACUUAUAAAUACCCUCCUGGAUAUAAGAUCAAGAAAGUGUUCUGGACAAAACGGAUGUUAAAUUUAAUGAUGAGUUUCCAGAUCUGAUCUAAUGACCCUGAAUACAGUCAGAGGAUUCAGUAUCUGGGAGAUAAACAGCAGAACUGCACCAUCAGACUGAAUGAUGUGACACAGAAGGAUUCACACGAGUACUAUUUCAGAUUCAUUACUGAUAAAACCGAUGGAACAUGGAUUGGUACACCUGGAGUGACUCUUGAUGUCACAGAUCUUCAUGUGGAGUCUCCUGAGAGUGUGACAGAGGGAGAUACAGUCAGUCUGACAUGUAAAAGCACCUGUAAUCUGACUGACAGAGCAACAUUCAUCUGGUUGAAAAACACACAGUCAUUAACUGAGAGAAACAAUAAACUCCUCCUGCAGUCAGUCAGAAGAGAGGAUGCAGGCAGAUAUAGCUGUGCUGUACAUGGACACAAACUCACAUCACCUCAUGUUUAUCUCAAUGUCACAUAUCCUCCAGAGGAUCCUGUAAUCUCCAUCAGUCCAUCUGGUGAAAUAAUAGAGGGUGAUUCAGUGACUCUGACCUGCAGCAGUGAUUCAAACCCACCUGCAGACAUCAGCUGGUUUAAAGAGAAAACAUUUCUUACACAUGGGCAAAUCUACAGCAUCACAAGUAUCCGCUCUGAUCACAGUGGAGAAUACAAGUGCAAGUCCAGAAAUGAAGUUGGAGAGAAAUACUCUGAUACUGUCACUUUAAAUGUCAUGUAUGCCCCAAAGACUGUCUCAGUGUCCAUGAGUGGAUCUGGUGAAAUAGUUUUGGGUGAUUCAGUGAAUCUGACCUGCAGCAGUGAUUCAAACCCACCUGUUCUGAACUACACCUGGUUUAAGCAGAAUGAAAGCUCAGCUGUUGGAUCUGGACAGAGUUACAGUGCACUACAGAGUGGAUUCUUCUACUGUGUGGCUCGGAAUCAACAUGGAUCUCAGAGAUCAGCUGCUGUAUCAGUGACAGUCCAUCAUAGAUCUAGUUGGCAUGUAGUGUUGGGGAUCACAAUGGGAUGUGGAGGAUUACUCAUCAUCAUCAUCAUCAUUCUGUAUAUAAUUAAAAGAAUAAGGGUGAAGAGAAGUCCCACUAUUCAGGAGUAUGAGAACGCUGAUCCCAUUGAUGUGACAUAUAUAGCUCUUGACCCCAAGACCAGAUCAUCUGAUGUGUACAACACAAUCACAACUGUUCAUCCCACAUCUCCUGAAGACACACACAGAGCUCUUGCUCCUCAGCGAAGCUGUCAUGAAUAUGAGAAUCUGUCAGUACAUCCCUAUCAAAAGUCAGGAGUUUAUAGUGCUGCUGAUUGGGGUGUGACUUACAGCCGUCCAUACAUUUGUGCACUAAAGGGAUCAUCAGUGAUAAUGUCCUGCACUUAUAAAUACCCUUCUAGACGUCAAAUCUAUAAAGUCUUCUGGACCAAAACAGAUGUUAAAGUUAAUGAUGAGUUUCCAGCUCUGUCUGAUGACCCUGAAUACAGUCAGAGGAUUCAGUAUCUGGGAGAUAAACGGCAGAACUGCACCAACAGACUGAAUGAUGUGACACAGAAGGAUUCACACGAGUACUAUUUCAGAUUCAUUACUGAUAAACCCGAUGGAAGAUGGAUUGUAUGGCAGCUGGAGUAUCAGUAUGUUGUAUUGUUGUCAGAUCUUCAUGUGGAGUCUCCUGAGAGCGUGACAGAGGGAGAUACAGUCAGUCUGACAUCAUCCAUCUGGCAGGAACCUGUUUCCCAAGGCACAGCACAUAACAUUGAGGCUUUGGGCUACCUACAGGGCAGGAGGCCAAUUGUGGAGUUUGCUGUGGCUCUCAUCAGUGCGACCCAGGAGCUGUGCUUAGCUGAAACACUCCUCAAACACCUGGUCCUUGCUGGACUGGAUGAUCCUCUCAGCUCAGAGGAGUUGGGACAUUUUUGUGGCCCUUUUGGGGAUAAUUUCUACUCUAAUAAAACAUGGAGUGCUCAAGCUGGUGACGUUCGUGUUUGUGAAUCGGCUGAUUGUGAUGCUCAGAAUUACAAUGUAACAUCCAGCAGAGGAGAUCAGACUGCUGGAAAAACUCCUGAAUCCAGAGAUACUGCGGAGAUCCAGUAUGCAACUGUCCAACAUCACAGAAACAAAGAGAUGAAAAAAACAGAAAAGAAUGAAACCCAUUAUGACAACAUUAGAAUUAAUCAGCCUGAUGCUGCCAUGAGCAGUGAUUCAAACCCACCUGUUCUGAACUACACCUGGUUUAAGGAGAAUGAAACCUCAUCUGUUGGAUCUGGACAGAGUUACAGUGCACUACAGAGUGGAUUCUUCUACUGUGUGGCUCAGAAUCAACAUGGAUCUCAGAGAUCAGCUGCUGUAUCAGUGACAGGUUUAAGACUUCCAUUGGCAACUGAUCUCAUUAUUUGUCAUUUGGUAGCUGCCUUUAAGGACUGCUGGGGAGCGUGUGUUGUAGGUGUUGCUAUGAUGAUGUCAAUCAAAAUGGCUCCUCCUCUUCUGAUCAUUCUGCUCAUGAUUCCAGGGGUCUAUAGUGCUGAUUGGGGUGUGAGUUACAGCUCUUCAUACAUCUGUGCACUAAAGGGCUCAUCAGUGAUAAUGUCCUGCACUUAUAAAUACCCUCCUGAAUAUAAGAUCAAGAAAGUGUUCUGGACCAAGACCCUUGUACUGAACCAUGUAGAGCCUCCAGAUCUGUUUAAUGACCCUGAAUACAGUCAGAGGAUUCAGUAUCUGGGAGAUAAACGGCAGAUCUGCACCAUCAGACUGAAUGAUGUGACACAGAAGGAUUCACACGAGUACUAUUUCAGAUUCAUUACUGAUAAACCCGGUGGAAGAUGGAUUGGUAAACCUGGAGUGACUCUUGAUAUCACAGAUCUUCAUGUGGAGUCUCCUGAGAGCGUGACAGAGGGAGAUACAGUCAGUCUGACAUGUAAAAGCACCUGUACUCUGACUGACAGAGCAACAUUCAUCUGGUUGAAAAACACACAGUCAUUAACUGAGAGAAACAAUAAACUCCUCCUGCAGUCAGUCAGAAGAGAGGAUGCAGGCAGAUAUAGCUGUGCUGUACACGGACACAAACUCACAUCACCUCAUGUUUAUCUCAAUGUUAGAUAUCCCCCAAAGACUGUCUCAGUGUCCAUGAGUGGAUCUGGUGAAAUAGUUUUGGGUGAUUCAGUGACUCUGACCUGCAGCAGUGAUUCAAACCCACCUGCACAAAUCAGCUGGUUUAAAGGGAAAACAUAUAUUGGAUCUGGAAAAAUCUACAGCAUCACAAGUAUCCGCUCUGAUCACAGUGGAGAAUACAAGUGCAAGUCCAGAAAUGAAGUUGGAGAGAAAUACUCUGAUGCUGUCUCUUUAAAUGUCAUGUAUGUCCCAAAGACUGUCUCAGUGUCCAUGAGUGGAUCUGGUGAAAUAGUUUUGGGUGAUUCAGUGACUCUGACCUGCAGCAGUGAUUCAAAUCCACCUGCAGACAUCUACACCUGGUUUAAUGAGAAUGAAAGCUCAGCUGUUGGAUCUGGACAGAGUUACAGUGCACUACAGAGUGGAUUCUUCUACUGUGUGGCUCAGAAUCAACAUGGAUCUCAGAGAUCAGCUGCUGUAUUGGUCACUGUUGAAGUACAUUUUUGGAGGAUAUUCCAUACAGUGAUUGUAGUAAUGCUUUGUGGAAUUGUAGCUGCUUUCAUCAUUUUGAUACUAACUUGCAGCUGUAUGAAGAGGAAGAAUGAGAAACCACAGUCCAAGUCCGUGACAAAGAAUUAUGUUGACUUGAAUGAAGCUUUUGAUCCAAAGUCGAUCUCAUGUGUCUAUGAGAAUGUAAUGAUGACUCAACCCAGCUCUGGUGGUCGUGAUCCUAACAUGAGCACACAUAUGUAUGAGAAUCUUACACCUUACAGGAAUAUGCUGUAGUGGACAAUGGCAUACAGAAAAAUAAUUUACAGCUUUUAUGCAUCUGUGUGGGUGGAGCCCUAGAUGAUUGACAGGACUACUAUGAUGACAUUUUACUGAAGUAUUUUGACUUGGAAAAACUCUGAAAUUGUGACAGUGUAUUUUCUUUUGCUUAAAUCGACUAAUAAAGAUACUUUUGUGGCUUUUUGUUGCUUUAAGUAAUGCAGUCAGUUAAGAACUGUAGUUUGUAGGCCUAAAGUAAAUGCUCUACAUUAUAAAAAUGUAAAAA